CCCGCCUCCACCAGGCACAGCAGGCAGGGGUGGGGGACAUGAGGAGGGGAAGGUGGGGGACCCAGAGUGGGCUUUGACGUCAGCUCAGCUUAUAAGAGGCCGCUGGGCCAGGGCUGUGGAGACAGAGCUGGGACCUCCACACUAAACCAUGCCUACCCCCGACGCCACCGCACCGCAGGCCAAGGGCUUUCGCAGGGCUGUGUCUGAGCUGGACGCCAAGCAGGCAGAGGCCAUCAUGGUAAGAGGGCAGUCCCCGAGGUUCAUUGGGCGGCGGCAGAGCCUCAUCGAGGACGCCCGAAAGGAGAGGGAGGCGGCGGUGGCGGCAGCGGCGGCUGCAGCCUCCUCGGAGCCUGGGGACCCCCUGGAGGCCGUGGCCUUUGAGGAGAAGGAGGGGAAGGCGGUGCUGAACCUGCUCUUCUCCCCGAGGGCCACCAAGCCCUCCGCGCUGUCCCGAGCUGUGAAGGUGUUCGAGACAUUUGAAGCCAAAAUCCACCACCUAGAGACCCGGCCGUCCCAGAGGCCUAGAGCGGGGGGCCCCCACCUGGAGUACUUUGUGCGCCUGGAGGUACCCAGAGGGGACCUGGCCGCCCUGCUCAGUGGUGUGCGCCAGGUGUCAGAGGAUGUGCACAGCCCCGUGGAGCACAAGGUCCCCUGGUUCCCGAGAAAAGUGUCAGAGCUGGACAAGUGUCAUCACCUGGUCACCAAGUUCGACCCUGACCUGGACUUGGACCACCCGGGCUUCUCCGACCAGGUGUACCGCCAGCGCAGGAAGCUGAUUGCCGAGAUCGCCUUCCAGUACAGGCAUGGCGACCCGAUUCCCCGUGUGGAGUACACCGCUGAGGAGAUUGCCACCUGGAAGGAGGUCUACACCAAGCUGAAGGGGCUGUACGCCACCCACGCCUGCGGGGAGCACCUGGAAGCCUUCGCGCUGCUGGAGCGCUUCAGCGGCUACCGGGAGGACAACAUCCCCCAGCUGGAGGACGUCUCCCGCUUCCUGAAGGAGCGCACGGGCUUCCAGCUGCGGCCUGUGGCCGGCCUGCUGUCUGCCCGGGACUUCCUGGCAAGCCUGGCCUUCCGCGUGUUCCAGUGCACCCAGUACAUCCGCCACGCGUCCUCGCCCAUGCACUCCCCAGAGCCGGACUGCUGCCAUGAGCUGCUGGGGCACGUGCCCAUGCUGGCUGACCGCACCUUCGCACAGUUCUCCCAGGACAUCGGCCUGGCAUCCCUGGGGGCCUCGGAUGAGGAAAUUGAGAAGCUGUCCACGCUGUACUGGUUCACGGUGGAGUUUGGGCUGUGUAAGCAGAACGGGGAGGUGAAGGCCUACGGCGCCGGGCUGCUGUCCUCCUACGGGGAGCUCUUGCACUCCCUGUCUGAGGAGCCAGAGAUCCGGGCCUUCGACCCCGAAGCUGCGGCCGUGCAGCCCUACCAAGACCAGACGUACCAGUCGGUGUACUUCGUGUCAGAGAGCUUCAGCGACGCCAAGGACAAGCUCAGGAGCUACGCCUCACGCAUCCAGCGCCCCUUCUCCGUGAAGUUUGACCCGUACACGCAGGCCGUGGACGUGCUGGACAGCCCCCAGGCCGUGCGGCGCUCCCUGGAGGGUGUCCAGGACGAGCUGGACACCCUGGCCCACGCACUGAGUGCCAUUGGCUAGGUUCAGGGCGCCACUGAGGGCCCUGGUAAGGGGCUGGGUCCCACUGCCCCCCACGCCUUCCCCGCUGCCAGGCUUCUGCUGCCCCAAUGCCUGCUUCUCAGCGCAACUGCUGCGUGUGCCCAUGGUGAGG